GGGACCAAGAAAUCAUUCUGCGUUUCAAAUGAUAAUGGUGACUGUAGUAGUGGAGAUGGAGUAGAUGGGAAUUCGGCCAUGGUUAGGUGGAGGAAGCAGAAUGUCCGGGCUCCAAGGUGUAGGCUGAACAAUAAUGAGUCGUCUGACGAAGCAGGAAGAGGCAGGUCAGAGGGAGAGGAGGGCGAUUCUUCUAGGCCAAAUCUUAGUGCCAAUGCCACCACAAGUCUAAAUAGUAGGAAGAGAGUUAGGCUCCAUGGAAAGGUCGCUGAGGAUAGCAAUGCUGUUGAUACCGCACCCGUGCCGAGGAAAUUGAGAUCAGCAAUCAAUAAACGCAGCAGCCAGUCAUCGUCUCGUGCGAUGCGAGUCGAGGUGCUAUAUGGGAAUGGUGGUAGAAGAUGCAAGCCGACCAUGCUGCUUGACUCAUUAACCAAGGAUGAAGAGGAAGUUGUGGAGGCUUUGUGUGCAUUAUCCAGAAUGCUACCUGUUGGCACCCGAGUUCCAGACAAAGAAAAUAGGAGACUGUCAGAUCACCAGGAUAAUAAUGCUACUGCAGAUCCUCAUUCAGAAGCUCCAAAAAAAGAGGGUGAAGGACAACAUUUGCAACAAUGCAUCGCCAGUGGAAUUAGGGUUCCCUCUUCUUGUAUGGCAAAACCAUUAGAUGAAACAAUGGAGGAAGAAAAUGUCUUUUCCAAACAACCUCUCACCGUUUGCGCAAGGCAGACUAUCGAUUCAGACAUGAGUAGAAUUAAGGAACAUGGCACUCAUAUAACUCCAUUGUCCGAAAAUGAACCCCCAGAGAGUAGUGUCAGAUAUUUUGAAAAAAUUUCAAGCCCAUCAGAUGUUCUGCCUCACACAACUGGAAAUAGAGCACUGCAUCCGACUCAAUGUGAUGCCUUUACAGCCAUUCCGCCAUGCAAAUUAGAUAUGCUACAACCAAACGGACAUGUUGAAUCACCUGCACUGGGGGGGAAUAAAGUUCAGCAAGUGGAGUGUAACAGUGAAAAUAGUGCAAAACGUGUGUGCCAGGAAGGAAUUGUUCCACUGCAUAUCCAUCCUUCUUCAAGCAAUACUGCAGUUUGGCCAAGCUCUGCCACUGGUGCUGCUAGACUAGUUUCAAGCAGAAUUGAUCUUCCAACUAAAAAGGUUCUGCCUGAUGUAGUAUCGUCUUGGAAAAAAUGUGCUAUUCAUGUGUUCAUAGGCCAUCUUAUCAAGAACUAUCAAGAAAAGGAGGAGUGCAAGCCUUUACUGCUGUCUGAGGUAUCGAGGCCCAUGGAUGGGUCAAAAUUGUGUGCAACAGAAAAUGAUGAGAAAGUUGGGUUACAAAAUUCUGUUGCCGAGAGGAAUAAACACGAAGGAAGAGUUGAAGUUUUAUGUGACAGAAGAUAUAUGUCAGCUCAUCAAUCUUCAGUCUCAUCUGAUGCCAAGCAAAAGAAGGCCUGUGAUUUCGCUUCAUUAUCGGGAAAUGGCAAUGCUAGUAGUUUUGCAAACGGAGCAAAGUCUGCGGGGCAGCUUCGUUCUCCUUUUCUACAUGCGCAAGUUCCACAUCAUCCUCUUGUGCCAUUUCCUUUCCCUCAUGUGCCAUAUGCUUCACCUUACUCAGAGAAGCUAGCAGCUGCGACCACUCAACCGGUGCAGCUUCAAGUACCUAAUUAUGUAGGCCACCCAUUCUUCGGACCGCAAAUGGACGACACCAUAGGCAACAUGAGGCUGCAACAACAGUACCAGCAGCAACAGAUAUGGCAGGCUCAUUUCGCCCAAUACAGAUCCCCCCUUGUGGGCAUUGCAGCGCUGCAGAACGAUCGGCUACAUGACUCAUCUGCUUCCACCCAUCGAAUUGUUCAGGCUUCAUCAACUCUCCCAUCUUCCCCACCUGUACAAAUGCAAUGUGGAUCAUCAUCACAACACCAACUUCUUGCUAACGCCUCCUCAUCGUCGUCCUCCAAAGCAAAGCCUCACCAACAACCGGGAAGCCUGCGGGGCGGUAGAUUCCACCAUGAAGGCCCCCAUUCGGUCGCAGCUGCAUCACAACACCGGUCGAUCAUGAAGAAUGAUACAAUAGGAUGAGGAUGGAUAUUCAUCAUCAGACUUGCCACCAUUGCAAGCCAUCAUCAGUGACGAGCAGGAUAACAGAUGCUGAUACUGAUACCAUCAAGUUGAUGCGCUUCUGGCUCACCAGAAUCCUCUGAAGCAUCCUAAAGUAGGAAGUCGACAUGAACAUAUUCACUAUGGUGUCAUGAACAUCGAUCUCUCGUUGGCUUCCAAUUGGGGACAGCAAAAUGUUGGAGAGAAAGAGAAAAGGAAGCCUAUAUUUCCAUUGUUUAGCAGUGCAUUCUGAUGAGAGCCGGCGUCUGAGAUGUAAUGUAUUUUUGGGUCACUGAGAUCAUUGGCUUAUUAGUCGUCAACCAAGAUAUGAACGUGUACUUCACCAACUGUACAUUGUUAUAGCUUCUAACAACAUAUGAAGUUUUUGA